UAUCGUUUUUAAUUAAGGGGAAAACUGAUUAUACUUUAGUACCCUGACUUACUGUUUUCUCAUUAUUGUUUUAUUAUAGCAGUAUGACUUAACUGUCUGCCUUCAUGUAGUCGAAUAGUAGACUUAUAAUGCAUAAUACAUUCUUAUUUCAGAGCUAGGGCACAGCAGCAUGGCCAUUUCAAUAAGGAUGUGAUACUACUCCCCAAUCCAUCUUUGGAUGUAGUGUGCAAACAACGUCCAAAAGUACGGUUACACAAACAUGGACAUAUCCUCAGUGCCUUUGAGUUCCAGAAGGCCUGGGACCACCGGACUGUUAUUGAUCGUAUCAGACAAGGCUUUGGUGAGCAUAUUCCGGAGGACGUCAGCCUCCAGCUUGUAAUGUCUUGUGGCAAUAAGUUGGUGUCCCCUAAGAUCCAGGAGGGUCAGGAGCUGAAUGGGAUGCUAAUCCACAAGGUUUUUAAAACCAAAGCCCUGUAUGUAAGACCAUCAAGGACCCUUUUAACUGACUCAGAGGAGGAAAGUGAACUUUCUGCCACUGACAGAUCAACUGCUAAGGACAGUGAUGAGGAUUGUUGUGAAAUCCUGCAAAUCCCUGCAGGCAUGAGCAGCUGUGUCACCACCAGGGCAGCCUCAAGAGCAAUGAGAAAUAAUGAUCCCUGUACUGGCAAUAUUGAUGGUGAAGGCAAUCCUGGCACUGGCACUGGUAUUGACGAUGAUUAUAAUGAUGAUGCCACCAACCACCCAGCUACCAGUGCUGUUAAAAGGAGUAGAUUAGUAGUGGAAGGAGUGGAUGGCGGCCCUGGCACAAGCAGUCAAGAUGGAGGCUGGCUUCCAAGGAGUGAUGGCAACCAUGGGACUAGCGGCCAUGAUGACUACUCAUCAUAUUUAGCACUUGUGUCAACUCUUCCUGACGACUCCUCAGAUGACGAGGAAUUAAACAAGGCCAUUAUUGCCAGUAUGGAGUGUCCAAUUGCAGAAAAGGUCCCGAGUCAGGAGAUACUGCUGGAACUCUCAAGCAAAAUUAUUACAAAACGACAGUGCAGGUUCAAUAUAAAUCGCUCUGCUGUCUGGGAAGGAGCCAUGCGGGGUUUCCAAAGGGUAUCCUACGACCCAAACUUGAUGAUUUCUGUAAAGUUCUCAGAUGACAUGGGGAGAAAUGAGGAAGGGAUUGAUUUAGGAGGGCCAAGGAGGGAAUUCUUGAGGCUGCUGAUGGAGACCAUUGCCAGAUCCGCCAUGUUUGAGGGAAAAGAAAACAGCAAGAACUUGGCUCUUGACAGUACUGCUCUAAGAGAGGACCGGUACUACAACGCUGGCAGAGCCAUUGCAGUGAGUUUGGUGCAUGGUGGUCCACCACCAAACUUCCUGUCACCAACAGUGUUUUCGCUUCUUGUUGAUGGUUCAGCAAAUCCAGCUGUAGAAGACAUAGCUGACCCAGAACUCCUUGAGAAAGUCAAAAAGAUUCUGUGAAGGUCUGAAGACUCUUAGGGUUCUUGAAAAAAUCAGGAGACAUCCUGACAGCUUUAAGCCCCUGUUUUGCUAUGAGGCAAGUCUUCUCACUGCUGACCAGAUGGACAAUCUCUUCAGCAUUCCACUCUCUCCAGAAGGGAGCAACAAGAGAACUGCAGAAGAAAUGGUUGUAAUCUUCUGGAGAGACUAUCUCCAGGAUGCAGAAGAAGAAGAAGGGCCAUCCAAACUACAAAAAAUAUUGGCCUUCGCAACAGGAGCCUCUGUGGUGCCACCCAUCGGCUUUUCCCCAACACCUUCUGUGGAGUUCAUUCACAAGGGAGAGGACGACUAUGCCUCGACACCAUUGUUCCCUAUGGCCAACACAUGUGUCAACUGCAUCAGGUUGCCGCUACAUGUGUCAUAUGAACUCUUUAAAGACAAGUUUGACUUUGCUUUAGGGAACACUCAUGGGUUUGGCAGGUCAUGAAUAUACAGUGGUGGAAAUAAGUUUUCAACGUGUCAACAUUUCUUUCGUUAAAUAUUUUAAUAUUUUUCUGAUGCAGCUAUUUGUUUGAGAUUUAUACCACAUAUUGGAAUUGACUCAAUAAAAGUCAAUAAGUAAAGCUACACAGGUAAAGACAUUUACAUGUGUGUUUAAUACUUUUUCCUGUGUUAUUUCACUUUGUUAAACACUUUUUAUGGAAUGGAAUGUUACGUUUCCUUUACCUGUGUAGUUUUAUUAAGUCAAUACCAAUAUAUGG